AUGGCAGCCCCGACCAUCCCGCAUCUGCCGUUGGGCAACGACAUCUCCAACCCGACAGCGUGGUCCAACUUCACCGCUUGGGCAACCAAUAUGACUCGCCACGCUCCGUCUCUCGAGGAGAUUGGGGCAGCCGGACGAGGCAUGUUUAGAAAGCUGGGAUCCUAUCUCCCCUUAACCGACUCACUGCACGACCAGGCCAACAACGCCAUGGAUCUCUUACGAUUCACUACGACCGAUUCCGAUACAUAUGCUGAUGGUGGCCCGGCCUCCGAAUCCACGGUUGGCGGUCCCCUAUCCCACGCGUCGCGCUUGACGCUGGAUGGUGCCCGCGGCCUCGGCAGCGUCUUUAGCUACGCUACAAGCCGAUGGGCGCUAUCCUGCAUCGUCAUGGCUAUCGUCCUCAACAGAACCCAAAUAUUUGCUGCUACAAGGCGUCGACUGAGGCUACGCUGGAAACUACGUUUGAUUCUACGUAUCCUUCCCAUCAUCUUGCUGGUGGCGGAUGCGAGACGACUCCUGCAAUCAAUACAGUGCCAGACCUCACCGGACUUUUCACAACUGCGAUGGGGAAAUGCUACAAAGACCUCGGAUCUUAUGUUUGCAAACAGCAAUCACGUCCUCAACACAAUCAGCUCCAUACUCCUAGCCGGUGCCUCGGAUGAAGGGUCCUGUAUUUCAGUCGGUAUGGUACCAAAUCCAUCCUCCGCAGAACCAGUGAGCUUGCGUGGCUCCCUUUCAGCGUUGUGGCCUCUGUUUGGAUCUUUUUGUUUAAGCCAUUUCAUCGAAACUGUUGCCUGUGCUGUGCAGGGCCGCCCACUCGCAACCGAAACCGGUAUGACCUUGUUCGAGCAGUCGCUGGCAUUUGCUGAAGCCGAUGCCACUGUGAACAACCAAAUUAGCCAUGUUACUUUUGCGUCGCCCAGUAAAGCUGCUAGUGCCACAACUGUAUCUGGCGUUGCUAGCAGUUUCACGAAAUCAAUGGUUUUGAGGAGAGUCAACACGGCUCCAGAAGUACUACUCAUCGCAUUCCUCUCCACAAUGACACACAUUAGCAGUCACGUUCUUGGAGUGUUUGACCUGCAGUCAAAAUACCGACUACUUAACACUGGAUUUUGGGGUGUAUGCUUCAUGUCUAGCAUUGUCUGGAGCGCUUUUGUUUUUGAUCUCGAAGAUCCGACCACUCAAGGGCUUCUGCGGUUUCCGACAGUCUGUAUCAUCGGCUUCGUACCCCAUGUCCUUGUACUUUUGGGUAUUGCCCUUUGUUUGUUUAUCUACGGGCUCGCUCUUCUACUUUCCGCAUUUGCAUCACCGCCACCUAAUGAGGAACGAGCAGGCAUGAGCUUCAGGCAACGCAUCUGGUACGCCCAUGAGAACAUGCAGGCCAAUGUUUCCCUUUCAGAAGUCCGCAUAACUAGAGAUAUGGAUUUCUACACGGCUCUGCUUAGGACUGGCUUCGCUGCGAUUAGCAUGGCUAGCGAAGCUGUUUACUUGAAUGAGGACCGCGGAGUCAACCUCAAGCGCCACACAUGGCUCGAAGAAGCCAGAUAUCAAGAAGCGGAAGAACUUCAGAAGCAAUGGAUUGGACCUGGUGUUGCCAACUCCCGUUUUGACGAAAUUGGUGCUAUUGGUCUUAUACCAGUUAAGCCUGGCGCAACCCCAGCCCCGAAUGGAUAUGCAAGAGAGCGAGCUGCGCAAAAGGUGCCUAAGAGCCGCCAUGAGCGAAACCUUCGUAUGGGGGUCGGAACAACUGAACGAAGCUCCCGAUGGGUCAUGGCAGUCGACUUCCUAGCUCGCAUAGCCCGCCUUGUCCUCAAAGUUGGUGCACUAGUCACACUAGGCAUGUUAAAGCUUGUUCGGAUUAGAUCGCAGCCUGGUUGGCUUCUUUGGCUUGCUCGUCACCCCAAACCAUCUGCUGCUGAGGAAGAGUCCAAAUAUGCAGCUACGCUAAGCAGUCGUCGACGCUUAAACCAAGCGAGUGAGGCCAGAUUAAUGGAAUCGAUUGAAGGCAUUGACGUUGGUGCCGAAAUCCGACGCGCCAACCAGUAUCCAGAUGAAGAGCAUUACCAAGCGGAUGUUUGGAGAUACUUCAAAGAAGGCGGACCAUGGGGUUCUGGUGACACUAGCGGAGACUACGUCCCUGAACCCACUGAUGAUCUUUGGGAUACCACUAGCUUCGUAUCCAUGUCUACUACAACUGGCUAUGAGACCACUGACGAUGAAGCUGGAUGGGAGUCUGAGGCCUCUGGCCAACGCACACCAACACAACACUCGCAACGGUUCUCGAGAGAGAAUACACCAGUUGCAGACAGCCCCAUGGAUACCAAUGCGCUAGCAAAGCUUUUGCGCCCCUCAACAAAGGAAGAGAGAGAAGAAGCAGCCACUCUUGCAGCACACUUCCAGAGUGAUAAAAUCAUGACGAGAGCAAACUUCCGACGUCUUGAGCAGCUGCGCCGUACACGCGUGCUUACAAGCCCUGCACGGCGCCGACAGUCCAUGGCCAGCCCUGGUCCUAGACAAGUGAAACUUACGCCGGACGAGGAGGAGAAGCUUCUUGAACUCCUGCUUCUCGAAAGACGUCAGGAUGCCCAAGCUAAUGCCAGUGCGCGAGAAGAUUUGCCUGGCUCGUCAUCAGCCAUUGAAGAUGAUCAGAGCCCCCAAUGUGUGGUUUGUCAAAGCGCCUCCCGCGCAAUCAUCGUCUGGCCAUGCCGCUGUCUGAGUCUCUGUGACGAUUGCCGAGUAUCUCUUGCUAUGAACAACUUUGACAAAUGCGUAUGCUGCCGCCGAGACGUCCUCAGCUUCAGCCGUAUAUAUGUACCUUGA